AUGAACAUUUUCACUUGGAAUGUGAAGGGGUCGAACCAGGGGUAUAAACAGAAAGAAUUGAAGGAGUAUAUUGCUAAUAAUAGUGUUAGACUCAUUGCUAUAAUAGAAACUAGGGUCAAAAUGGAUAAUGCUGAUAGUAUUGCUAAAAAGAUGGCUAGAGGUUGGAACUGGAUAAAUAAUUAUAGUAUGAGCCCAAGAGUCUAUGGAUUGCACACUAUAAAUGAUAGGAAAAUACUGUGGGAGGAACUGAGAAGACUACAUGACUUAACAACAACACCAUGGCUUGCUAUGGGUGAUUACAAUGCUAUUAAAGAUGCUAGUGAUAGAAUGCAUGGGACUAUAGUGUUGGGAGAUGCUAAUAAUGCCUUCUUUUAUGCAAGCAUGAAGGGAAGGCUUGCUUCUAAUGGCAUUAACAACUUGGUUAACAGUAUUGGGGAUACUAUACAGGAUCAAAAUGCAAUUGAAGAGGAAGUGAUAGGAUUUUAUAAAUCCUUAUUAGGCACAAAUGUUGAUCAGCUUCCAACAGUGGACACCACUAUUAUGCAACAAGGAAAAACAUUGUCAAGAUGGCAACAAAUGGACUUAAUACAACCAGUUACUAGGGAGGAGGUGAUUGGGGCAUUAAAGGACAUGGAUGAUCUAAAGGCACCAGGGUGUGAUGGUUUUACUACCCUUUUCUUGAAGAAAGCAUGGGUUCUUCCCAAGAGAAUGCAGCAGGUUAUGGAUGACUUGGUUGAUAAGAACCAGGCAUCUUUUAUCCCAGGAAGGGUGAUCACUGACAACAUUAUACUCAGCCAUGAACUGGUUAGAGGUUAUGCAAGUAAAGGGAUCUCUGCUAGAGUAAUGCUGAAGAUAGAUAUGAGAAAAGCAUAUGACUCUGUGGAAUGGGCUUAUCUAGAACAGAUAUUAGUAUGCUUAAAGUUUCCUGAAAAUUUUGUAAAGUGGAUCAUGAAGUGUGUUAGCACUAUAUCUUAUUUAGUGUUGAUAAAUGGGGGCCCUACUACUCCAUUCCAAGCUAAAAAAGGAUUAAGACAAGGGGAUCCUUUGUCCCCUUUCCUAUUUGUCUUGGCAAUGGAGGAUCUCGACUCUGUGAAGCAGCUGUUCCAAGGAUUCCAAAGAUUUUCUCAAGCAUCUGGAUUGAGUGCUAACUUGGACAAAAGUUCCAUUUAUUUUGGAGGUGUCAAACCAAAGAAUGCAAGAUGCCAUAUUGCAAACAUUGGGAUUUGUCAAAGAGUGAAAUUAUGGACAGUUAAAUUUUUGUCAUAUGCUGGGAGGGUGCAACUGAUUAAGACAAUCCUAUUUUCCAUACAAGUAUACUGGUCCCAGAUAGUUGUGUUGCCAGAACAGGUGGUUAAGAUGAUAGAAGCUACUUGUAGGACAUUUCUAUGGACUGGUCAAGCUGAAACAUCAAAGAAAUCCCUCAUUGCCUGGGAUAAAUUGUGCUACCCCAAGGUUACUGGUGGACUUAAUAUUCUUGAUGUCAAAGUAUGGAAUAAAGCUGCAAUUUGCAAGUUGCUCUGGACAAUGAAGGAUUUUAAAGCUCAGAAGUAUUUUGAAUCAGCAGGAUAUGAUGAAGUUGGUGUACUAGGGCUCAGCUCCUUCUCCAUCAAGAGUGUCUAUAGCCAAAUGAGAGGGGUGAUACCUAAGGUGGACUGGAGGAGAAUGGUUUGCAAUAAUCAAGGAGCACCUAAGUGGUUGUUUAUACUAUAUAUAGCUGUAUCCAGGAAGCUCCUCACUAGAACAAGAUUGGCCAAAUGGGGCACUGUUACUGAUGUAAAAUGCUUCUUGUGUGACAGAGAGGAUAAGGAUAUAGACCAUUUGUUGUUUGGUUGCACUUUUUCCGGUAGUAUCCGGGAGAAAAUACUCGAAUGGCAAGGAAUUAAGAGAAGAGCAAUGACCCAAAACAGGAAGUUCAAUGGGCAAUAA